GCUACUUUUUCUGUCACCGUGUUUUUCGGUUUAAGACUUUGGCGUCCACAGUUUUCACAUGUCUGCAGCAGGAAACGACAGACUUUUGCUGCCGUGUUUGUAAACAAGGAUAUCGCAAAGUACGUAAUGUGCAACAGGGUCUUCGUGACACAGAAACUGCCGAAUAAGAUCCUACUGACGUUUGUACAAGAUUGUAAUCCCCACCUCAGCCUGAGCUUAGAGAGAUGGCCACAGCUAAGAAGGCCCCCAAAGCGAAGUCCAGCGGGGUGAGUUUCUCUGAAGCAGCCACUUCCUCCAGCCACGUUCACUUCGAUGACAAGCUGCACGACUCGAUCGUCAUGGUGACGCCUGUGCCUGACGGGAGCUUCCUAGUGAAGGUCGGCUUCCUGAAGGUCCAGCACAAGUAUGAGAUCGUGUUCACACUGCCUGAGAUCCCGAGCCUGGGGAGGGACGUGUGUGCCGCACCGCUGCCCAACCUGCACCUGAGAAUCACCGACAACACCGCACUGCCUGAAGGCGGCCACAGAAUCACGUGCGAGUACAUGGCCCACCAGGAAGGGGUCAUGAAAGAGGAGGUGUUCCUGAUAAGUGAAACCAGUGAGAAUGCCUGCGUGAAAGUCACGGUGCAAGCAAGGGUCAUGGACCGUCACCACGGCACGCCCAUGCUGUUGGAAGGAGUGCGGUGCAUUGGUGCCGAACUGGAGUACGACUCGGAGCAAAGCGAUUGGCAGGGAUUCGACUAGAACUCAACUGAAUGCACAAAGAGGAAGCUGAGACAAACUAAAGUGCAGUUAUUUAUUUUUAAUCUCCAAAGAGAUGUGUGGUUUUUUUUAUGUGUUGUUUUUUUUAAGGUUGUUCAUUUCUUUAUUCAAAAAACGUGAAUGUUUAUGUGUGUGUAUAUAUAAACCUGGAAGACAAUCCUCUAGGAUUGGAACUCCACCUCAGAACUGUCUGUCACAGUGUUCUUAGAACAUUCAGUUCUGCAACUUUCCAAAUAAACAACAGUAUCAGUCUGCCUGGCUGUUUCUACCACGCUAUUGUAACAUUGUAGCUAGUUAUUAAAAUAGGGAGUUUAUCAAUUCCUUUAUUCAUUUAUAUAUUAGGGCUGUCAAACUAUUUAAAAAAAAAAAAAAAAAUACAAUUUAAUCUUGAGAGAAAAAAAAAAUCUGUUCAUCUUGGUUUUAAUCACAUUUUAUUGAUACAAUUACUGCAUCCAUCUCAUUUAAGUUUGUUUUAUAACUAAUGCUAUUGUAAUGUCGGAAUGUAUUUUCUGUUUUGGCUAGGUUACAGUAUUUUCACUGAUCAGAUUAUUUUAUUAAUGUUAUUAGUGAAGAAUUAAUACAGCAAAAUUGAUUCGUUGGAACUCUGUUUUGUACUGUGCAGCUAAUGCUUCUGUAGCUUUAACUUGAAAACCGUCUGCACUGUGACGUGGCUGCCGAACUGUGGGGAGUUUGGUGUCGUCUUGGGACGAGGGGGAGAGAUUGUAACCACGGGGUACUUUGAGCAAGUUUCAUUGAGCUCUGUAUUCUAAUGCUUUAACUAAAAACAACAAACCUGUGCCAAGUAAAUAAAGAAUAUUGAAACUGAGAAA